CAUGCGUCUGGAACGGUAUAUAAUAACAAAAACCACAGAAGUAUUGCACUCAGCCAAUGUUACUAGACUAUAUGGACUGGUGAUUUGGGGAGGUUCAUUUUUUUUGCCAAGACAAUGGAACAGAGAAGCAACUUUCUAAUGAAUUCCCAGAAUUAAAUGAGUCAGCCAUGGAUAUGGGCUCUGAAGUCCUGGCCAAUCUCGUUUCUUUGCAAAAUCGGACGACUGCUUUCAGGAACUGCUCGGAUGGAGGCGUCUCGUUCCAGAAGUUCUAUAUCCCCAUAAUUUAUAGUCUUCUUUUUCUGGUGUGUUUCCCGGGGAACAUCAUCGUCAUUUUUGUAUACAUCUUCAAAAUGAGGCCCUGGAAAAGCAGCACUAUCAUCAUGUUGAACUUGGCCAUCACAGACUUGCUGUACGUGUCUUGUCUUCCAUUCUUGAUACAUUACUCAAUCAAUGGAGACCAUUGGGUCUUUGGAGAUUUUAUGUGCACAUUCAUCCGUUUCACCUUCUACUUCAACACAUACAGCAGCAUUCUCUUCCUGACCUGCUUCAGCCUUUUCCGUUUUUUUGUUGUUGUCUACCCAAUUAGUUGCUUUUCCAUUCAGAAACGAAGAUGGGCUAUCAUGGCCUCUGCGACAGUCUGGGUCAUUUCUCUGUUGAUGGUUAGCCCAAUGAUCCACUACAUUACGGUCAAAGAAAGCCAGAAUAGAUCCAUUUGCUUGGACCUAACCAGUUCAGAGGAACUGGACUCGAUACGGUUGUUCAACUGGCUCCUGACGAUAUUUGCUUUCUUUUUGCCUUUAAUGCUUGUGACUCUUUGUUAUGCUGUGAUUAUCUACAAGCUGGCCAGAGGGCCACACACUAACACUUCCUUCAAGAAAAAGGCACGGUCUCUAGCCAUCGUCCUUCUGGCUGUUUUUUAUGUGUGUUUCUUGCCAUUUCACAUCUUUAGAGGAGUUCGCAUUGAGCUGAAGAUCCAUCCAGUAAGCUGCAAGGUCGAGGAGCAGAUCCGGGAUGUUUUUACUGUGACUAAAUCCUUAGCAUCAUUAAAUACCUUUGGUAACUUAAUAUUAUAUGUUGUGCUCGGAGAUAACUUUCAACAUGCCAUUCUUUCUAUCUGUAAACGGAACAUAAAGAUGACUAAGAAAUAGAGACAGAUUUAAAAAGACGUUAUUCGGAGUUCUUCUAAACAAGUGUACUUUCAGCAGAGGAAUAAAGCUUGUUCAUAUGCAAGGUGUUUGAAGUAAUCCCGGAAAUAAGAUUUUCUACAUAUUUUCUUGUUUCCCUGAAAUAACAAAUGUGAUUGUUGCUUUGAAUUCCAGAUAUUUUUUUAUACAUUUCUGUUGCACUUGUGUCAAACACAGUUGCUGAAGCAUUACUCCUUAAUAGAAGAAAAGUUUGUAAAAUAAAAGAGCUUUAUAAAAUUAUGUACGGUAUGGAAAACAUGUACUGAGAAAACUUUUCUCCCUCUCCUUUAAUAGUACA